AAUACUUCUUUUUCAAACACAGCACCGCCAUUUACAGAAUGCUAGACAUCUCGUUUUGUUCUUGUGUAUUUCUAUUACAACAAACUUGACAACGGAGAGAAAGAAAAACAAAAGGAACUUUUGUUUUCCAGGCCCUUUUUUGGGGCAUGUUUGUGCUGAAGAACGCUGAUCAGUGGAACUAUCUUGCAGCGAUUUUCAGCCGCAGUCUUUAUACUGUAUGCGGUUUAUUGUUGUUGUAUUAUUUGUACAAACUUCAUGUUGAUACACAAAGCUACGAGAAGUGGACUGACUCUGUUUAGCUUAUUUACGGAGGAGUGUAAAGCCGGACUCGAAGCAACGACCUCAGCUGCAUUCUACUCUGAGACUUUGUUGGACAAGUAUGAAAUAAAGAAGGCAGUAUACCACUGGAACAAAGACGUCUGUGAAGAACAUCUUCUUCCCGAGCAGCAGGAGUGGACUUCCAGGAUGGAGCAGGAGCAACCCCAGCCCUCCCAUAUUGAAAUGGAAGAGGCGGCGCCACAUCCUCACAACAUUAAAGAGGAAGAGGAGGAACACAGCAUCAGUCAGAAUGGAGAUCAUCUUGAAGGACUAGAGGAGGUUGAUGUCCCCAAGAUUCCAUUGAAUGUUGUCAUUGUGAAGAUUGAAGAAGAUGAGGUCCAAAGUGAAAGUGAGGAGAAGAGAGAGGCGGAGCCUCCAAGCAGCAGCUCAACUCAACACAUGACAACAGAAGCUGAUGGAGACCACUGUGGAGGAUCACAAGCAGACAAGCUCUUAGCUCCACUAUCAGAUAGUGAUGACAUGACGUCACACUCUGCUGACACUGACGAUGAAGACCCUGAAGCUGAUACGACAUGUCACGCUGACAACACACACUUUGAAUGUUCUCACUGUGUCAAAACUUUUAACCGCCGUCGUAAUCUGAAAACACACAUGAGAACACACACUGGCGAGAAACCUUUUUCCUGUCCAUUCUGUGGUAAAGGUUUUACACAAAAAAGUGAUAUGAAAACACACAUGAGAGUACACACUGGUGAAAAACCUUUUUCUUGUCCAAGCUGCGGUAAAUGUUAUACACACAAUUGGGAGUUGAAAAGACACAUGACAACACACACUGAAAAAAAACCCAUUCUCUGUUCAAUCUGUGGUAAAGGCUUUCAACGAAAUAUGAAUUUUAAAAUACACAUGAGAAUACACACUGGUGAAAAACCUUUUUCUUGUUCAAGCUGUUGCAAAUGUUUUAUACAAAAAUGGGAGUUGAGAAGACACAUGAGAACACACACUGGUGAAAAACCCUUUUCUUGUUCAAGCUGUGGUAAAGGUUUUACAAAAAAUUGGGAGCUGAAAAGACACAUGAUAACACACACCGAUGAAAAACCCUUUGUCUGUUCAAUCUGUGCCAAAAGUUUUAUGCGAGAUCAGCACUUGAAAAGACACAUGAGAGAACACACCGGUGAAAAACCCUUUUCCUGUUCAAUCUGCGCUCGAGGUUUUGUACGAAAAGAUGCGUUGAAAACACACAUGGGAACACACACUGGUGAUGAAGUGUGAUGAAAGAUUCUAUUAAAAGUACACACAAGUGAGAAUAUCAACAGCAAUUGAAGCUGCAGGAUUUUAAAUAAACUCAACUUUAACAUAGACCUAAGAACAUCACUACAUAUAAAAGUGUGACCUCAUUGUGUGUGUAACAGAAUCUUGUUAAUGUUUCUACCGUUUAAAGAUCACAUGUGUUCACAUUAGUGUUCUAAGUAUGUGCAUAAGUUUACAAAAUAGUGUACAUUUAUUUAAAAUGAACACAUUCUUUGGGUCCUCGGCUUAUUUUUACUACCCUUAUAUUUACUUUAUUGGUUUUAAAAUUCAACGGAACAAACCAAUUUUUUUUAUAUGAUAUACACUUAUUUUCUUUUUGAGUACACAUAAAUAUUUUAGUUCAUAUUUGGUUUCCAUCUGAAACAUCUUCUGGACCACUUGUGGAAGCUUUUUAUUAUUUACUUUAUAUAUAAUUUGAGCAGUUGUGUAUUCUACAAGAUUAUUUACUUUUAACAUGUUCUCACCCCAUGUUUGACCUUUUUCCCACCUUUGCAGCGACCCAUCAAUGUAUCUAUUCUCUCUACUCUGUAUGAUGCAUGUCUGAUUUUGUACUGAAAAUGUAAUUUCAUUGUAAGUUUUAAGUACAAUGACAAUUAAUUACCAUUCCAUGUGUGACUUUACGAAGCUUUUGUUAAGUCUUGAUAAUUCAGAGUAAUCCUUAUUACUCUCUUUUGUAAUAUGAAUAUUGGGUUUGUGAUUGUUUAAUUGCCAGACUUUUAUGCAAUAAGCUUCAACUAAAGUUAGGUACAUUGCAUGUGGUAAAUAUUUGUUGAGUAUGAUGUUUCAUAUUCAUACAAUGUGAAGCUGAGCUAUCUUGAUGUAGGAAAGAUUAAAGCGCAUGUACAACCAGGAGCAGCAGCGUUAAGAGGUGUCAUUUCAAAUAUACUUUCAGAAAUGUCAAUGGAAGAAGUGGAAACAAAAGA